CGCAGAAACCACACUCAUCGAUUCAACAAUGCAAUCUGCACAACAACUGGGUAAAUGUGUGACCAUCUGAAUUGACCGUAUGUUUUUGUGAUUAACCUCGAAUUCCAUUCUGUGUACUGUUAUUGAAGUUUUUUACCUAAAAUAUUGUUCUGUGCUUCAACCGGGCGAUUUGUAAUAGUUGGGCAUGUGUUUAGGGAAAUCUGUAUAGUGUAGUAUUUGGUUUCAAUCUUGCAAUGAGACAAAGUUAAAUUGCUUCUUAUAGCUCUUGCGAAGUUUGAGUGUUUGGGAUUUGUGGUAGAUUAGUUGUUCGUUACAUUACUUAAAUCGACGCUUGGUCUGAAUUUGUGCACGAAAGGCUUAUUUGUUCACCUUGUAAUAUGUAUCUGUAAUGACGGGACACGUCCGUGGGGAGGUCGGUCUACCAGCCUCGGAUCUGACUAUGUUGAUGAAUCUCCCCGUCGCAAGUUUUGCAAGGGAGACCGAACUCGCCGGAUGUGGGUUGCUAGGGAGGAGAGAAUACUGGCGGCAAGUUGAUGGAACUCGUGGCAAGGGGCAGGAAAUUGGACAACGGUUUCAGAGCGGGGUACCUAACUAAGAUCGAGGAUAGUCUUCGUGCCGAGUUCCCCAACACGGACUUGAAAGGCACUCCUCAUAGAAAUUCAAAGAUCUCCGCGUGGAAAAAAAGUUAUGGUCUGUUAAGAAACAUUCUGUCUCGCAGCGGGGUUGGUUUCAAUAACGAUGGUGAAUAUAAAAUUGACUGCAGUGAUGAUCAGUGGGAUCAAAUUGUUAAGGCAGACAAGGACACGAAGUUUAUGCGCACAAAAUCAUGGACACUGUGGGAAACUUGGAAGUUUAUCUUUGGGAAAGAUCGCGCCUAUGGGGGUGGAGUUGAAAACAUUGACGCUGCCGCAGUUCGCUUGCGGGCACAAAUGUCGGUUGAGAGUGAAUGCAAUGAAAACGAUUAUCAUCCAUCCUUCGAAGAUUUUAUCUCCAACCCAAACACUCCUAUGGCUGACCAUGACUUCCACGACACUAGCUCCGGGAACCUUGGCAAACAAACAUCCACUGACAGAACCAGCCCAAAGAAACGCAAGAAAAUGUCACGCGAUAGCGAUCUAAUGGAGUUUCUUGGCAAUCUCCACGCCGAAACAAACACCAGGUUAGAUAAGAUUUCCAACCGGAUAGGGCAUGAGUUCGAUAUGGCCAAGGCAAGAGAAGAGGUGUUUGCAAAGCUAGGAACUGUCGACAGGCGUACACUUGAUCAAACUUAUGAUCUGUGCAAUAUUUUGGGGGACAAACCUCAACGACUGGAAGUGUUUAAUGGCAUGCCGCCAAUGCAAGACUUGGGUAUCUCCUAUGCCUUAUUCAGUACGAGCGUGGUGUUGUUUGAAUGGGUUAUGGUUGUUUUAGCUUAUGUUAUAUAUAGCUACUAGGCUAUGCAUAUUUUGUGUAGUAUUUUGGGCGAUGGUGAACUGUGUCUGUACUUAGCUAUUGCUUUGAUUAGCAACCAGAAAACUGCAAAGACCUGGAGCUCCGUUUUGUGGGUAAGCAGUGGCUAAAUUAUGUUCCUACUACUGGACAAAUGCUUAUAUAAGUUAGACGUUUAUCCAUCUAAA